UGAACGACAUCACUUUUCGCAGCUUAAAGUAUCUAACCGUUGACGACAUAAAUGCUGCCAUACGACACCUUGGCUAUCGAGCCGAGUUUCGAGAAAAACUCUUCGCCUGGCGAAAUGAAAAGUUUCCUACAAUAGACAACAAUAAACCGAUUUUGACAGCCGCCCAACAGCUGGUGGCGCCCACAAAUGUAGCAACCAAAAGAACGCCCACUUCAAUUGUAGCACCCGCAAUAUCCGUACAAUCACUACAACAACUACAAGCUACACCGAAUAGCUUGCAAACAGUCACAGCCAAUGCGACCACCAACAAUGCCAUAGCAACUCCAACUGUCACACCCAGCAAUGUUGUCGGUUCUUCCGUCCCUGCGGGGAUAACAACCACACCAACAACAGGAUCGGCGACCAUUAUCAAACGCAACAUGGCACCAGCUGAGGAUUUCCUGAGUAUGCUGCCGGGCGUAAGUGGCACAACCGCGCGCAUGAGUAAUAAUAUGCCUGCCGUUGUGUUAGAGCCGACAUUAGAUUCACGCGGCGCAUUCAGCUUUAUGCCGCAAUCGGCCAAAGCACCAAAACGACACUCAAUGGCAACGAUAAACACGCCAACAACAACCGUAACACCAACAACGACAGCAAUCGCAGCGACAAUGGCGACAAGAGCUUCGACAAAAACCAUAAAUGCCGAGCAGAAUUUUAUGUUGACGAUUGGAGGUGUCGCCGGCGAGGGUAGUAGUAAUGCAAGUGCAAGUGGGAGCAGAGUUGCAAAUGUGAGCGGCAACAGCAGCAGCAACAAUGUUGCGGAAUUAGGGCAUGGUGGGAGCAGCGGAAUGGGCUAUUCACCUAAGGGGCCAUUGAUUAUGAACUGUGCCAAAGUGGACACGGUGAAGGUGCUGCAGAGCUCACAUAUCGGCCAACGCAUCAACCAAUUUUACAACAAAAAUGGCUACCUUGAGAAUCAUCAGCGCAAUGAAAUUGUACGCCUCAUUGUCGCCGAUGUGAUGCGUCAGGGGGAGACGCUGUGCCCAAAGGAUCUGCGUGCAAUUUUGAGUGACAUCAUAACGCUAUUUCCCAAUGAGCAGGCCGCAGCGGAUUACUACUUUAUCUACCGUGGCGGCAAGGGCAACCCACUGGGGCGCCUCUAUCAACGCUACUCCAAUGAGAAUGUCAAGCGUCGUCGUAUGAUACGCCUCAGUGAUGAUGAGGACUGCAGCACCUAUGACGUUGAUAUGACGCAACAAAUGAGCAGUAGCAGCAAUCUAAUGGAUGAUGACGACACCAUGUCUACGUAUCCACCAGACUUGCCGGGUCAGGUGCCACGCGUUGAUGAGAUGACUGCGCUGGCUUUAAAGCAGCUACUCACCACAGAUCAUUUUAGUUGGGAGGAAGUUUGCGAUAAGUGGAUACAAACGUGGGCACUGCGGCAGAAGGAAUUGCAGCAGAGCGGCUUGGCGGAUCUGCUGACCAAUUGGUCCAAGUUGGGUGAUCCACGUGCAGCAGAGUUGUAUAAGAUCGACUUUCGUCAUGUUUACCCGGAAAAGGAAAACCUAUUGAUUGCCAAAUGGGAUGAGUAUAUAAGGAAAGUAACGUCGCAGUUUGAUAAGAAACUCAAUCAGGAUGAUUUAAAAAAACUCUACAAAUAUUGUAAAAUGGGCAUGGCAAGCAAAGAUGAAAAGGACUUCGUCUACGCCGUUGGUCUGACCGCUCUACUGCCUUGUACGAGCCGCUUUAAGGAUCACUAUGGCAAGCUGAGCAUACGCGCCAAUCUGACUGACAGUAUCGAUUCUUUUGUAAUGCGUCUCAAUUCGCUUGAGUCCUAUGAAUCCCGCUUGGAUUUAUAUAAUCGCAAAUAUGGGCCAGUGAAUCGCACCACGCAGCCAUUCUUGGUGGUCAUUAUGCCCAAUGAAUGCACCAUUUCGAAAAUCUAUGUGGCAUUGGAAAAUCAUUUCUAUUGCAUGCAAUCAUUUUUGCAAGCACUCGAUUUAUGUUACAAGAUUUAUCACACCU